UGACGUCAGUAGAUGGCCGAGUGUCAUUCUGCUGCCACAAACUGGGAAGCACGGAGAGAAAGACGGGAGAAACACAAAUAACUGAAACCGUCGUGGACACAACAUUGUAAAUGAAAACAACAUGGAGGUGUGACUGAAGACGUCUUUUUCAGGCAAACCGAGGGGCUGAAGCGAAACAGCUCGCUAAGGAGGUUGCGGACUCCCUUCGAAGUUUGUGUCGGAGCAAGCGUCCUGCGGCUGGGCUAACGACACCAUUGUGCUAACCUUCCAUCUUCCACGCAGCCCCACACAUUCAAACAACGAAAAUGGUGUCCUGGUUAAUCGCAAGGAGUGUUGUGCUUGUGUUUGGGACUCUGUAUCCUGCAUACUACUCCUACAAAGCUGUGAAGACCAAAAAUGUCAAGGAAUAUGUUCGAUGGAUGAUGUAUUGGAUUGUUUUUGCCCUCUACACUGUGGCAGAGACCAUCACUGACCUUACACUGGCAUGGUUUCCCUUGUACUAUGAACUGAAAGUAGCAUUUGUCGUCUGGCUCCUAUCACCCUAUACCAGAGGAGCAAGUUUAAUUUACCGGAAAUGUCUGCACCCAAUGCUGUCCUCCAGGGAGAGGGAAAUAGACGAGUAUAUUGUGCAGGCCAAAGAGAAAAGUUAUGAAACCAUGGUGAACUUUGGCAAGCAGGGCCUCAGCAUUGCCGCCACUGCUGCCGUCACUGCAGCUGUCAAGGGUCAGGGUGCAAUCACAGAGAAGCUGCGCAGCCUAAGCAUGCAUGACCUCACACAGAUCAAUCAGCAAGAUGGAGGGGAAAACCAGUUGUAUCGUUACACCGCCCAUGCUGGUAAUCCUGCCAUCAGACGAUCUCAGAGCGCUGAUGUACCUGAUGAAGGAGAAUACUUUUAUGACCAGGACGACGUGAGCGACGACGAGACCGAGCCAAACUUCUCCGAAGAUGAGGCUCUUUCUCAGAGAGGACUGAGGCGAUCUCAGAGUGUCAGGCUGACACGAUCCAGAGUCCGUAAAGAUAAUCGCUAUGGAUCCUUGAAGAUUAAAGGCAAGAAGAGACCAGCGCUGAGCUCCGUCAACUACGCAAUGUGAACACUCCUCUUGGCGCGCGCACACACACACACACACACACACACACACACACUCACACUCACACUCACACACACACACACACACACACACACACACACACACACAUUUUUUAGAUUUCUUAAUAGGUUUGCUUCCUAAAAAGGUAUUUUUCUUAAUGAAAUACAAUUUUUAGGUAAGUCGCUUUGUUUUAAGUGCGUUUAACUCACAAAGUUAUGAGAAAAAGACAGCUAAUACCUGCUGUUGGUCAAAGUUGUGUCAUCCAGUAUGGAAGGCGUUUACUUUGUCAAGGCACAUGUGUGUAUUUUUCUCAAAGAAGAAACUAUUUGAACACUCCCUAAUGGCUUUACGUCCGAAUGGAUGACAUAUUCUCUCCUGAGAGGUGUUGUCCAGCACCUGAAACAUUCCUCAUCACGCCUGUGUGGAAUUGUCCCAGCCCAGCCUUCCCCCUAAGACACACUUUUUGGAGUUUGACUGAGUCACACGUGGGGAAAAACCUAUCUCUCUUCGUCUGACGUCCUUUCACAGUCAACACAAAGACGACAGAAAAUGUAAUUCCGUGAAGCCCAAAUCUCUUUUUUUUUUUUUAUUAGCAUGGUGCAUAUUUUGAAAAUACAAUUGCCAAAGAGCAAAAAUGAGGGAAAAGAUGUAAUGUCAGGAGAAAAAGUUGACAUGUUGAUGCUAAUAACACAAAGCUAACAUGUAGGCUGUUUUUUCUUAGCGUACUAGAUUAUUUUUUACAAUAUAAACAUUCCCCGGCAGUCAUUAGAUUUUUUAUAAAUUGUUGUGUGAAAAUGUCUAUUUAUAUAUACAUAUUUGGGCUGAAGUCAAACCCCAUCUCUUCAAAGGUGACUUUGUUGUCAACACCAUAGAAAUACUUCAUUCCAGGUUCAGGUUGUUCCUUUUCAACUUUUCUUGCCUAUUAUCCUUUUUUUCCUGUUAUAUAUGUAUGUAUUCUGUGGCUCAGAAGGGUUUUUAUGUAUAAAUAUCAGUUAUUUUGGUCAAUGCGUCUCAUCCCAAAGCUUUUUAUUACUGCUGUUUUGUUUGCUGGUCAUCUCAGUUUCAGUAAUGCAACGUAGGUCACACAGAACGGCCUUGUCCUUGAUCAAUCGUCAGCAAUUGAUCAAUCUUUUUACUAGGCGUGUCAAAAAUGUUUUAUUUUCAGAUUAAUCACGAUUCUUGUUUGUAACGAUUCUUAAUCGAUACAUUUUUUUUUCUUUUUUCUUAUUUUUCCAGUGUGCUGUCCAGCCACUCAGAUGGAUCAUAUUGUUGAUGUAGAUGAUCAUAUCUGCUGGACGGAUUUAGAAAAGAGAAGUGUUGGGUACUUCUCUUGUUGCCUUAUUUGUAUUUGACUUUAUUAAAUGUUUGGGUAGAAUUUUACUAAACAAAACCAGUUUUCUUUUAAGUAACGUAUUUUUCGGAGUAUAAGUCGCACCGGAGUAUAGGUCGCACCUGCCGAAAAUGCAUAAUAAAGAAGGAAAAAAACAUAUAUAAGUUGCACUGGAGCCUGGCCAAACUAUGAAAAAAACUGCGACUUAUAGUCCGAAAAAUACGGUAAUAUAGAAAUUGAUAAGAGGUUUUUAUUUCAUGGAGGAAUGUAGUUAAUCAUAGCACUGGCAGCCAAUGUUAUUAAAAAAGUAUAGAUUUUGAAUCGAGAAUCAAUUCUGAUUGGAAUCGUUACCCCCAAGAAUCGGAAUGAAUCGUGUGGUUGGUGCCCAAAGAUUGACAGCCCGAGUAUACAGUAUACCAUAGACCCUCCAAUAAAAUGCUAAUAAGAGAGCUUUUCCUUGGAAUGAAUGAACCAUAAAAGACAUUUCAUUAAAGGUAAAACAUAGUGGAAGUAGUCGCUUGCUUUUUAUAACAGUGCUUUUUAUUAUUAUGCUUUUUCGUAUGAAUUGAUCAUGAGUAUUAUCUGAAUCAUGUACGGUAAAAGACUCAGUGUAGGGUUUUUGUGGACAGUAUGUUCUGAAAGAUGAGAUAUUUGGUGUGUGUAUCUACAAAUACAACAUUAUUAGUCUAAUAUACACUGCUAACAAAAAAUCAAGGUAACACUUAAAGGACACAAUGCAGUCAGUCCCACUUAGGAAGCAACAGUGAUGGACAAUCAAUGUCACAUGCUGUUGUGCAAGUGGAAUAAACAACAGGUGGAGUUUUCCACUUUGAGUGUGACUCCAAAUCAAUACAUCUGAUUUCACUGCUGUGUGAUGAUGUUGUCUGCACUUUUAACUCUGUAAAGAAGAAAGUAUUUAAUAAGAAUAUGUCAUUCGUUCCCAUUUCGGAUGUUAUUUCAGUGUUCCCUUCAUUUCUAAGAGCAGUUGACUAAUGAGCACUUUGUGUACUAACAAGCUGUUUUAUUCAUCCCCCUUAAAACUGGCUUUUGCGGUCAAGUCCUUUCUAUUAAAGCUCUGCAAAGCUGCAUUAUUGUGGAGCCAAAUACACAACCAUGUCUUUUUAAAUGUCUGGUGUAGUUGAUCUAUGAUCAGCUCUGACUUUGAGAUGGCACAACAAACCAAACUUUGCAUAUUGUCAUAUUUCUGGUCAAGGCUCAUAAAUUAUAUACACCAAAGUUUUGUGUACAGGAUUUGGAUGAUCGUUAAAUGGAUUUUGUGGCAAUUAAAUGAAGAUGCCUUGUUCUUCUGUGGCAACAACA